GGAAUUGGAUGCAGAAGUCGCAAAAAGUGCCUCAAAGACGGCUUGUACCUUGUAUUGUAAGAAUGUAGGACAAAAGAAGCUAGGUAGGUACCUAUUUUGAAGCACCAUUCAUGUUGCUCUGCAGCGGGUUGGAGAAAGGAGGCGUCUUUGGCCGGAAUUUGCCCUAGCCAAGCUCUUAGAGAAGCGGAUGUGAAGAAUCUGGUUUUACUUUCAGAGACAGUCGAGCAAGAUGUCGACGCCUGCUCCUACGCUUGCCGUCACGCCGCCCGCAGUGUUGACAGCCGCCCCCGUUCCUACCCCUGUCCUAACUACCGACCCACCUGCCACAACUGCAGCACCAACCACCGCGGCCCCCGUGACUACCCCACCUGUGGCAACAACAUCGGCUCCAACCGACGCUCCAGACAUCACAACAGCAGCACCAGUGAUUACCACAGCAGCGCCAAUUAUCACAACCUUUUCGCCAGUCAUAACGACUGCCGCGCCUUUUUUCACUCCCCCGACGCCAGCUACGAACAGUCCUGUUGCCACCACAGCUCCACCAGCUACUCGAAGUCCCAAUGUGCCAGUCACUCCAAGUCCCAAUGUGCCAGUCACCCCGAGUCCCAAUGUGCCAGUCACCCCAAGUCCUACAAGUAGAGUCCCAACCCCUCCCCCUCUUGUUACCCCCGUCACCCCUUCUGCUCCUCAGCCGCCUUCCAACUCAGGGAGCGAAUCAUCGUCAAGUUUAAGCACGGGGACCAUUAUAGGAAUUGCUGCAGGGGGAGGAGCAUUGGUUGUCAUUGUCUUAUUGUGUCUACUGUGGUGCUGUUGCCGGCCAGCUAAGAAGCGGAGAGCGUAUGAAUCUCCAACCAGGCGGCAGUCCCAGGCGGCGCUUCUGAAGGCUGCUGCUCAAGACAACCGCCAGCAGAACUACGCGCCGUCGCGCACUCCCCCUCGUGACAACUUUGGCCCUCUAAAGCCCCCCCCCCAGCAGCAACUUCCUGCCAUCCAGCGCGAGCAACGAGCACCCCCCCAGAACGAGUGGGCCAAUGAAAACCAGCGGCAGCAGUGGAAGGCUCCGCCACCUCUAGUUGCACCCUCCUCGAAAGCUCCUUCAGAGCCAAAGAGCCAGCCAGAGUCGCCGGCAAUGGUCUCUCCGCUCCAGGCGCCUCCCCGCCCUCCCAGUGCAUUUGGCGAUAGCCACCGUCUGUUUACAUAUGAGGAGUUGAGGGCGGCGACAAACAACUUCUCCCCCACGAACCUUCUAGGGGAGGGCGGCUUUGGGAAGGUGUUUAAGGGGGUGACAUCAGAGGGGGUCACAGUUGCUGUGAAGCAGCUCACCCUGGGGGGCCUCGGCGGCCAGGGCGAGAGGGAGUUCCGCUCGGAGGUGGAGGUCAUUUCGCGCGUGCACCACCGGCACCUGGUGACGCUCCUCGGGUACUGCAUGAAGGGCGAGGAGCGCCUGCUAGUGCUCGAGUACAUGGCCAACGGGACCCUCGAGUCCAACCUGCACGGCAAGAACCAGCCGCUUAUGGAUUGGGCCUCGCGGAAGAAGGUCGCCGUUGGCUCUGCCAGGGGCCUCGCAUACCUCCACGAGGAUUGCCACCCGCGGAUCAUUCAUCGUGACAUCAAAGCCUCGAACAUCCUCAUGGACGAACAUUUUGACGCCCAGGUCGCCGAUUUUGGCCUGGCGAAGUUGGCCGGAGAGAAGGACACUCACGUGACGACACGUGUCAUGGGGACGUUUGGUUACCUUGCGCCAGAGUAUGCUAUGUCGGGGAAGUUGACGGAGAAGAGCGACGUGUUUAGCUUCGGGGUUGUGCUCCUCGAGUUGAUCUCCGGCAGGCGCCCCGUUGACAUGUCGCAGCCAGCGGGCCAAGAGAGCCUCGUGGAAUGGGCGCGCCCCAUUCUGAUGCGCGAGCAGUACGACGAGCUGGUGGACCCUCGGCUGAACGCCUCGGGCUACGACCCCGACGAGAUGCACCGCUUCAUCCGCGCAGCCAUGCUCUGCAUCCGGAGCACCGCCACCAAGCGGCCCCGCAUGACGCAGGUCGUGCGCAUGCUGGAAGACGAUGGCCUGAGCCCCGACUCGACUUCCAACUAUCAGCCCACGCAGCGCUUCGACUCGGUGCCGUUCGGCGGCGGCCCGUACAUGAGCAGUGAGUUCGGGAGCGAGGCGCCGUCCAGCGGGGAGUACUCGCAGUCCAGCCAGGGGGGGUACCCUUCCGGGCCUGCCGCCGCAUUACCGAUGCAGGGCCGGUCCGGCGGUUCGUACCGGAGCGAGGCGAGCGGCCCGCACUCGGCCGAGGUCGCCCUCGACAUCAUCGACGAGCAUAGGGAGCCGCAGAGAGAGGUGGACCCUUACGGCGACCAGCGGUGGGACGAGGACGAGGAGACCGGGAUGGGCAGGCCGGCGCAGGUUCAGCUCGCUCAUCUGCGCCCGACAAGCUCGGGCUCGUCCGUUCCUCCCCCACCGGGAAGGCAAAGCCGCUCGGGCUCGCUUACCCCCACUUCCCCAGGCAUGCUUCGCCCCCCUCCGGGUCGUCCUUCGCCAAACCCGGCCGGUUAUGGUCAGCCCCCGGGGCCCCGCCGCUCUAGCAGAGGUAGCAGCGACGAAUUCAAGCAGAGUCAAUACAGCCAGUCUUCUUCCGGAUCUGAGUACACUUCCGGCCAAAUGGGUGGCUCGGCCUAUGGUGGGAAUACAAUCGUAAUGCCGGAGCGCUUUGAUGGGGAGGGGAGGUAGUUGGAGCUUGGCAUGCCAGCAUAUGAAAUGACGUUGCGGCUGCACUACAAUUUGGUUAUCUAUUGUUUCUUGGGAGCUUUAUGAAGUAGAAAAGGAAGGAGGUUCGGAUAUCAGAAACUUGAGUAAAAUAGCAGAGAAGUAGGAUUAUUGAAGGAAAUGAGGUACGGUUUCCAGAAUGCUGAUGUAGAUGGUACGUGGCUUAGUUCUUCGGAUGCGUUUGCAGCUACUUUACAACGGUUGAAGGUACUGAAGAGGCAUUUGAGUGUGCCAUGAACUACAGCGGCUGUUUGAUUGCAUGCGGCCCAGUAUUGUGCUUGAUCGGGACGUGAACCUGUCCGGAUAUGUUUAGUGAUUCUUAAAAUUUGAAGGUAGACGAUAUUUUUGCCAGCAUAUGGCCCUGCACGUCUAGGUUUCUAUAGUAGGUAGUUGCAUUGGGCCGUACGUACUUAUUGACUGCGGAG